AUGGGGUAUCUUGUCAUUUUUAUGACUUUCCCAUUUUAUUUUCCAGAAGCCCUUCAGAGUGCAAUAGAUACAAAAAAGGCUCAGUAUAAGUCUGAACCCCGUCAGAGUGACUUGGAAGAACUUCAGCAACAAAAAGAAGCCCUUCAGAGUGCAAUAGAUACAAAAAAGGCUCAGUAUAAGUCUGUUUGGAGUAAAGUAGCAUUAUAUCCUGAUUGGAGGAAAGAAGAGUUCCAGACCGUACCUGUGACCCUGGAUGCAGACACUGCCCAUUGUUCACUCUCAUUGUCUCAAGACAGGAGAUGUAUAUCCUGGCAAGAAGAGGAUCAAAACCUGCCUGACACCACACAGAGAUUCAAUUCUCUUCCUUGUGUCCUGGGUCAGCUGCAAAUUACCUCUGGGAGAUAUUUCUGGGAGGUGGACAUUGCAAACACGGUUUCCUGUGAUCUAGGAAUUUGUAAGGACAAGGUAAUUAGGAAGGGGAGAGUCUCAGUAUCACCACAAAAUGGUUUCUGGGUCCUUAGGCUUUAUAACAAGGAAUACUGGGCUCUCACCUCCCCAGAAACUCUUCUUACUCUAAGAGAGCACCCCGUUAGAGUGGGGAUAUUCCUAGACUAUGAUGGUGGAGACGUGUCAUUUUACAACAUGACAAAUGGAUCUCAUAUUUUCUCCUUUUCCCAGAAUACAUUCCAAGGUGUCUUAAGACCUUUUUUUAGGAUUUGGGACUCUGAUUCAGGCUCGUUGACCAUUGUCCACUGAGUGAGAAUAGAGCGAUAUUGACAUUCAGAAGUGUAUCUGGUUUCACAAUAUGAUGAUGUUGAGUCCCAAUGAUUGCAUUUUUUUCUUUUUGCUUAUUAGCCCAUUGUCACAAUUAAUCUAUGGCAGAUUUCUGAUUUGCCAUAUACCCAUUUUCUUCCUCACUUAAAACACACCUCUUUCCCUAUUACAACCUUGUUUUAAAACUACAUUUCCUAAAAAAGUAAAACUGUCAUGUUCUGACAUAAGACAAAUUGCAUGCUAAAUAUAGGGUUAAUAUAUUAAUAGGUAAACAUGUAUAUUAAAAAACAGGUCAUCUAGAAGAACUGUGUAAUGGAGGCAAGUAUACCACAAAGUGAAGAUACAUUUCAGUAUGCAUCUCUCCUUCCGAAUUAAAGAUGGACUCCCAAUGAAACUGUUAAAUAUAUCUUCACAAUAGGAUGCUGAGUUUUCUUACAGUUGAUCAUAGCUACAAUGUCAUGAUACACUUAAAUAGCAGAAUGAUGGACAUAUGACUUUUUUGAAGCACUAUUUUAUUAUAAUAAUAUAGGGAAAUCACUGGGUAGAGGGUAAGUAGUUGGGGCAGAGGGGCCAUUGCUAAGCUUAUAAAACUGUAUCAUGAAAAAUUUUAAAAUAUGAUUAGAUUUGCUAUCCUUUUGUUGUUGGAUGUGACUGCAUGCUGGACAGUGUAGUGUAUGCUUAAUUGUGUUCUCUGACCUCUGAGAUUUGCCCUUAAAAAGAAAUCAUAUGUUUGCCUUUAUCAUUUCCUUUUUCUGUUGGUAAUAUAUGGCACAAUGGAUGUAAUUUGCAGGAUGUUUCUGAGUGUGUAGUAAAAUCUGUAUAAUUGCAAUAAUAAACUGCAUUUUAAUUUUUACAAUUAUAUCAUAACUACCUUGUUAUAACACCAAAUUUCUUUUCUAUGGGAAAUAACGCUUUAUAUUAUAGGUAUAUUGGUUUUUUGUUUUUUGGGUUUUUUUGGUAAAGUUUAUUUAAAAGAUGAGGAAAUCAUAGGAAAUUGUUCUAGGAUAGAAUAGACUGGGAGAGGACAGGCAGGAGAGAGAGACAUUUCUACAUUCAUCUUGUGUCCACAGGGGGGAAAAAGGCAUCUUUCCCCAUUUCCUGGAUUCCUGUGAGAUUUUGAGAGAAGUGGUUGCAUGGUACCUCCCUCUAGUACCAGGUGAAGAUGAUUGCAACCUGGUGAGGGAGUCAUAUGAUUGACAAGUAGACAAAGUAUUUUACAUGGGCAGAUGAAAUAUGGCUUCCAACUUAUGUGCUUAAGAUUACAAUCUUCUUGUUCCAUUUCCUUUCAUACUGAGAUUUUGAAAUUCUGUUAUUAAGGGUUGCUGAAAGAUGUAGUUUUAUCUCAGGUCACUACUUCCUGCUGACUGGGGGUGUAUGCCUUACAUGUUCUGGGUUCAAGAAUCUCUCCAUAUCUCGUCUAAUGGAUCGAUCUCAUGAGCCAUAGAAAGUGUAGUUGGUGUCAAAAUCUGAGUCUCCUGCAUCAUCAUUGUCAUUCUAAGUAGUCACUGGCCGUUUUCUUUAUUUUGAAACAAUAUCCAAGGCCUCAACCAGAUGACAGAAGCAGGUCAACUCAUCCUUCAUGGGCACAUGAUAGAAGUCUCAUCUCAUACAGGGGUCAACGUAGGAGGUGGCACAACAUGU